AGCCUCAGCCCACACGUCAGUCAUUUUUCGCUGAGGCCCAUCCCCUCGCUUUGUCUGCUCUGUAUAAAAGCGUAGAUCUGCCCUCCAUCCUGUCUCGGACGAUUUUGGACGGUUGAUCUCUUGGUGUAUCCUGACAGUACUGUUGGAUUUUCAAGCAUCAUGGCAGAGGAACGUACUUUCAUUGCAAUCAAGCCCGAUGGUGUGCAGAGGGGCCUGGUCGGCGAGAUCAUCAAGCGCUUUGAGCAGAAGGGCUUCAAGCUGGUGGCCAUGAAGUUCCUUACGGCUUCUGAGGAUCUCCUGAAGGAGCACUACAUCGACCUGAAGGACCGUCCUUUCUACGCCGGCCUCUGCAAGUACAUGCACUCUGGCCCUGUCGUUGCCAUGGUGUGGGAGGGUCUGAAUGCCGUGAAGACUGGCAGAGUGAUGCUGGGGGAGACCAACCCCGCAGACUCUAAGCCCGGCACCAUCCGCGGAGACUUCUGUAUCCAGGUUGGCAGGAACAUCAUCCACGGCAGCGACUCCGUAGAGAGUGCCAAGAAGGAGGCCGCUCUGUGGUUCAAGCCAGAGGAGAUGACCGCCUACAAGAGCUGUGCUGUUGACUGGAUCUACGAGUAAAAGGAACAUCCCACUUUUUUUGAUCCAAUCCCAUGUCCAAUCCAACCUUGUAUUUGCACGAUGAUGACUGACACUUCUCCAUUCUGUAUGCUGUAGACCGGGUCACAUGUUCACUCGUAUUGUCCUUGUGGCGACUGCAGAGCACUUAUAGAAUAUAAAAAAAAAAUCAUGUAUCCAGCAUGGUGGUUUUUAUACUCAUUAAAGCUGAAUGACAACUGGA